AUGAAGGUUGCGUUGGUCUUCGCGGCGUUCUUCACGGCGGUGCUGAGCAUUGCCUCACAGGACCCUUCAUCAGCUGAAGACUAUACCUGCAAGUCCGGUGUCUGCGGUUUGGGCCCUGACUUCUGCGGCAAGGACUGCAUCUCUACUUGCGACCAAAAGAGCCCAUGUGACCCGGGUUGGGGUGCGCAGUGGUCGCAGAACGAGAAGUGCCCUCUCAACGUGUGCUGCAGCAAGUUUGGAUUCUGCGGAACGACAGACGACUUUUGCGGCACCAAAAAGGUCACCAAGCCUUCCUGCGGCGGCAGCAGCUCAAACAAGCGGUCCAUUGGGUACUAUGAGGGCUGGUCCAUUGGUAGGGCCUGCAAUGGCAUGAUGCCGGAGCAAAUCCCCGUUGGUGCCUACACCCAUCUCAACUUUGCCUUUGCCUUUGUCGAUCCAAAAUCGUUCAAGGUCGCGCCAAUGAGCCAGGCUGAUACCGAAUUGUAUCCGCGAUUCACUGGUCUCAAGGACUUCAAUCCUGGUCUCAAAACCUGGAUCUCUAUUGGAGGCUGGUCCAUGAACGACGCCGACCAGCCCACGGCAACGACCUUCUCGGAUCUAGCUGGGUCUAGCAGUGCUCAGUCUGCGUUCUUUGCUUCCCUUCUGAGCUUCAUGGAGACGUAUGGAUUCGACGGCGUUGAUAUCGACUGGGAGUACCCGGUGGCCGAGGAGCGCUCCGGCAAGCCGGACGACUACAAGAAUUACGUCUCAUUUUUGAAGAACCUCAAGUCUGCUCUGGGCGGCAGCGGCCACAACUACGGUCUUACCUUGACGCUACCAUCAAGUUACUGGUACAUGCAGAACUUUGACAUCGUGGCCAUGGAGAAGGUUGUCGACUGGUUCAACGUCAUGACCUACGACUUGCACGGAACGUGGGACUCGACGGACCGCUUCAUAGGCCCUGUUGUCAAUGCCCACACCAACCUGACUGAAAUCGAUCUUACCAUGGACUUGUUUUGGAGAAACAGCGUUAGUGUUCAAUCAUAUGUCGAAGAAGCAGUCGCUCAUACUAAUGUUGACUUUCUAAACGUAAAGAUCGACCCCGACAAGAUUGUCAUGGGUCUAGGCUUCUACGGUCGUAGCUUCACCCUCACGGAUCCUUCUUGCACGUCUCCAGGAUGCCCGUUUAGCGGCGGUGGCAAGCCUGGAAAAUGCUCGGCCAGCGCAGGUACUCUCAUGUACUCUGAGAUUCAAGACAUCCUAGCCGGUGGUGCGACGCCGACUCUGGACAAGAAAGCAGCCGUUAAGCAGCUGGUCUGGGACACCAACCAGUGGGUUUCGUACGAUGACAAGGAAACCCUCCAGAUGAAGAUUGACUAUGCCAACGGCAAAUGUCUCGGCGGCACCAUGGUCUGGGCCGUGUCCACAGACACCAGCGAGGGCAUGGCAGCAGACGCCUACCUCCAGACCAACGGCCUUGUUCAACGCAGUCUCUUCGGCGGCGGUGGCAAUCCUAAGAAAGAGGACACUCUCUCGACUUGUAUCUGGGGUGAAUGCGGGAAGGACUGUCCAGCAGGCUCGGUCCCGGCUCAGCGCAGCGACGGCAAGAAUCGCGGAAACGCGGGCAUCUACACUGGCUGCGAGGACAAGACACGAAACUACUGCUGCCCCAACGACCAGGAGGUCCCAACCUGUGUGUGGCGCGGCACUGCGCCGUUCUGCAACGGGAAAUGCCAUUCCGGCGAGGUGCAAGUCUCCUCCGACUCCAGUGCAACUGGCGCUGAGUGUUGGACCGGCCACAAGGUGCUAUGUUGUACACAGACCAAGUCAGAUGCCGGCAUCGGGCAGUGCAAGUGGGAGGGCGCCGCCCCCUUCUGUGGCAAGCACGGCCGUGUGGGCGAGCACUAUGGGUGCGACGAGGGGGAUCGCUAUGAAGAGACGUAUGAUUCACUGGGAGCCGGAGGUGAAUCAUAUUGUAUCUCGGGCUACAAGUCCUUCUGCUGCACCAAGCCACCGCCGUUUCAGAACUGCGGGUGGACUUCGAAGGAGCACUCGUUCCUCCACCCAUUCACUUGUCCGACGGGGUGCCCAGCCGGAAAACAGAUUAUCGCCCAGGACCCCACCCAGCUCAGCUUCUGCGGCAGCGGGUCUGCAUUCUACUGCUGCGAUGCGCCGCUAGAGGAGCUUCCUGAUGACGACAGCAGCCUCAACUUCUGCGCAAGCUCCGACGGAGACUACCCGCUCAGCAUCCAAGACACCAAUACAAACAAUUACGACGACGAUGGGAACCCAGCAGAUAUCAUCGAACUGUAUUGGUACGAAGACGACGUCUUCGUUGUGCCCAACGAUGCAUCUCCGGACAACAUGAAACGCAGUGUCGACAUCGUCGAUGAACUGCUCGCCUUGAGGUACGACCGCCGCUGGGAUCGUGCGGCUGGCGUCAACAACCGCACCCUGAGCCAGGUGUGUCUCGGAGAGCACGACUGCUUCCCCAUCCUCGAGCCCGAUCUCCCCGAGGUGCAACACCUGCUGAGCGAGAUCCGCCUGACGUGGGACUUCGCCGGCAGCCUCCGCCCGGACCAGCACCACCACCACCAAGACGACAACCAUGUCUCCGCCGCCCUCGCGCCUCGCGCCCGCACCACGGUCGUCAAGCUCAAGAACAACCGGCGCACGCGCUGGACGGCGUCGACGUACUACAACGUCGCGCAGCUCGCCGCCAAGGGCCGGCAGUUCUACGCCAACGGCGGCGUCAAGAAGACGGCCAUCUGCCUCAAGAACGCCGGCGCCUUCGCCGCGCGGCAGCUCGCGCGCAAGUACGUCGCCGAGCACGUCACGGAGCUGCAGACGCCGGCCAUGUUCGCGCAGUCCAUGAUCGACAACAAGCUGCCCGACGGGACGGCGCCCUCGGGCGUGGCGGCCGGCUACGACUGGGAGGACGUGUUUGGCGACAGCGGGUACGUCCACAUGACGUGGAAGGACCUGGGCAUCGCGCGGCCGGCCGGCUUGGAGGGGGACACGCCGCUUGAGGCACUGUACCACGCGCUCGGGAGCAAGGGGAACAAUGCGGACUACACGAACCUCCUGAUCUGCGAUGCGCAGACCAACUCUCUCAAGACGUCGGCGUGGGCCCUGCAUACAAACAUCAUCAGCGACAACCGCUGGAACAAGGCCAGCCCGGCAACAAGGAUGGCCUACCUCAACAACCUGGAUCAGUCACUCCUGCCAUAUCUGAAUUCUCCAGAGGCUCAGGCCUCGUUGAAGCAUGGCUACGAGGUCCAGCAAACGAUUUGGAAGGCGCUCGACGGCAGUUCCAAGGUGACGGGACCCGGCAGCUCUAGCUUCGCGUCACUGCACAAAACCUGGUACCAGGUGUACUUUGAGGAGUUUGACAACAAUCUCCAAGCAUUUGUCAAGGCCAAGCUCGACAAGGAGAUCACGUCGUGGUCUGGCGGCAGCGGCCCGUAUGCCCUCUACAAGUCGCUGCAAAGAAACAAGAUUGUUCAGAAUCUCAAGGGCAGGUCGAGUGUUGUUACCAGCCUCGCGGUGAUUGUUGCUUGGAUCACCUAG